AUGGAUUUCUUUGCAAGCGUAUUUGGAAAAGGAGCCUCAUACGGUACUCUGAACUCUUAUCGAGCUGCGAUAGGCCGUAUCAUUGGAGGAGAACUUACACAAGAUCCUCAAGUGAAAAAAUGUUUCAGAGGUGCGUAUAAUAUACGUCCCAACCCUCCGAAGUAUGAGGACACAUGGGAUCCGGAAUUGGUUCUCAACCUUGCUCGUAAACUCCCUAAUGACGGUAUCACUCUUGAGCAGCUGACAUGGAAAUUAGCUGUACUCUUGGCUAUCUGCACUGGACAGAGGGUCCAGACUCUCCAUAAUAUCGAAGUACAAAACGUUACCGUAGAUGAUAAGAUAGAGAUAAAAAUACCUGAGAGGCUCAAGUCCUCUGGCAGAAACGUGCCACAAUCUACACUAAUCCUACCGUUUUUCCAUUCCGUAAAAGAUAUUUGUCCUGCAACAGCUGUACAGAUAUAUUUGGAAAAAACAAAACCCAUUAGGGGCACCACAGAGAAAUUAUUUAUCACAACUAAGCCACCGUUUCGUAGCGCCUCCACGCAGACCAUAAGUAGAUGGAUCAAAGCAAUGCUGAGGGCAAGUGGGAUUGAUACAGAUAAGGAUAGCUCAUAUACUACCAGUCAUGCCUCUAGCUCAGCCGCAGCGCGCAGGGGUUUUAACUAUGAUACAAUCCGCAAAGCAGCGUGUUGA